CGCCGCCGGAGCCGCCGAGGAAGGGAGGAUGAAGAUGCAAGCCGAGGUGAUCCGCGAGGGCGAGCUGGAGAAGCGGAGCGACAGCCUUUUCCAGCUGUGGAAGAAGAAGCUGGUGGUGCUGACCAAGGACAGCCUCAGUCUCUUCCCCGACGGGCACAAGCGGGCCAAGGGCAAGGAGCUGGGCUUCGGCUCCAUCCUCAAGGUGGACUGCGUGGAGCGCACGGGCAAGUACAUCUACUUCACCAUCGUCACCAAGGACCGCAAGGAGAUUGACUUUCGGUGCCCGGACCAGAGCUGCUGGAACGCCUCCAUCACCAUGGCCCUCAUCGACUUCCAGAACAAGCGUGCCAUCCAGGACUUCAAGAGCCGGCAGGAGAUGGAGCAGGAGUAUACCACUGGAUGA